CAGGUCACUCCUACUCCUUGGGGAGAAGGUGAGGGUUUUUCCAAAAGCAUCCCUGAGACCUCCAUACCCCUUCUGUCCACACAAAAAGCCCAGGAGGGGCUGGCCUGUGGGCGGGGAGUAUGAUAAUAGCUAGAGGAAGUGAGCGCAGUGUAGUGGAAUGUAGUUGCCAUUAGUGGGAGUUGAGCUGAGGCUGGCUAACAGCUAACCCGCUAUGUUGAGUUGCUGAGCUGGAGACGCAGAGGAUAGUGAUGAAAACAUGCCUCACUUCACAGUAGUACCGGUGAAGGAUCAAGCUCAGGCUAGAUACGACAGCCUAGAGGGGAUUAACUGGGUAGAUUACAGGGACACUGGACAGGAUCAUCAAGACACUGUCAGCUCUGAUGGACAUGGGAAUCAUAAAGAAGACAGUCCAUUUCUCAAAAGUGCUGAUGCUGCAAACAAGAAUAAUGACUUCUACGACAGGAACCUGGCUUUGUUCGAGGAAGAGCUGGACAUCCGGCCGAAGGUCUCGUCUCUGCUCAGCCGCUUGGUCAGCUACACCAACAUCACCCAGGGAGCCAAGGAGCAUGAGGAGGAGGAGAGCGCUGAGGCCUCACGUAGGAAGACCCCCAAGUCUCCCAACAUGGGCACUCUGAUGGGAGUCUACCUGCCGUGUCUGCAGAACAUCUUUGGUGUCAUUCUUUUCCUCCGACUGACGUGGAUCGUUGGGAUGGCUGGCAUCAUGCAGUCCCUCCUGAUUGUCCUCAUGUGCUGCUCAUGUACAAUGCUCACUGCUAUAUCAAUGAGUGCCAUUGCUACUAAUGGUGUUGUUCCAGCUGGAGGGGCGUACUUCAUGAUCUCCCGCUCCCUUGGCCCUGAGUUUGGAGGAGCUGUGGGUCUGUGCUUCUACCUGGGCACCACCUUUGCUUCUGCCAUGUACAUACUAGGGGCCAUCGAAAUCUUCUUGAAAUAUUUGGUCCCCCAGGCGGCCAUAUUUCACGCCACAGACACCCUUGGCAGUGACAGUGCCAUGCUGAACAAUAUGCGGGUGUACGGCUCGAUCUGCCUCAGCCUGAUGGCUGUGGUGGUUUUUGUAGGAGUCAAAUAUGUCAACAAGCUGGCUUCUCUUUUCCUGGCCUGCGUCAUCAUCUCAAUUGUCUCCAUAUAUGCUGGGGCACUCAAAUCCAUGACUCAUCCACCGGAGUUCCCGAUCUGCAUGGUGGGAAACAGGACGUUGGUGAGAGACCGGUUCGAUGUGUGUGCUAAGACUGUGACGAAGGGCAACAUCACAGUGCCCAGUCAGCUGUGGGAAAGAUUCUGUCUGCCGGGGAACAUGAGCAGCGCUCAGUGUGAUGACUACUUCAUCCAGAACAAUGUAACAGAGAUACAGGGCAUCCCCGGACUGGGCAGUGGGAUCAUUAAAGAGAACAUGUGGGCCGACUACCAGCACAAAGGGGAGAUCUUAGAGAAAGCGGGGCUGCAGUCAGUGGAUGCCCACGGUGCCAAUGACAACUUUGGCAUGUAUGUGUCAGCAGACAUUGCUACAUCAUUCACACUUCUGGUGGGGAUCUUCUUCCCAUCUGCCACAGGUAUCAUGGCAGGGUCCAACAGAUCUGGUGAUCUCCGUGAUGCUCAAAAGUCCAUCCCCAUUGGAACUAUCUUAGCCAUCACUACUACUUCACUUGUUUAUUUCACCUCUGUGGUCCUGUUUGGGUCUUGUAUCGAAGGAGUGGUCCUUAGGGACAAGUUUGGGGACGCCGUUCGGAAAAACUUGGUGGUGGGAACGCUCUCCUGGCCGUCUCCGUGGGUCAUUGUCAUCGGCUCCUUCUUCUCUACGGUUGGGGCCGGCCUGCAGUCCCUCACCGGGGCUCCCCGACUUCUACAGGCUAUCGCCAAGGACAACAUCAUCCCUUUCCUCAGGGUGUUUGGUCACGGGAAGAACAACGGAGAGCCUACAUGGGCCCUACUACUGACUGGUCUCAUAGCUGAGCUGGGCAUCCUUAUUGCCUCACUGGAUAUGGUGGCUCCUAUCCUUUCUAUGUUCUUCUUGAUGUGCUAUCUCUUUGUGAACUUAGCCUGUGCAGUUCAGACUCUUUUACGCACACCCAACUGGAGGCCAAGGUUUAAAUAUUACCACUGGGCUCUGUCCUUCCUUGGCAUGAGUAUGUGUCUGGCUCUGAUGUUCAUCUCCUCCUGGUACUACGCUAUCGUGGCCAUGGUCAUUGCUGGGAUGAUCUACAAGUACAUUGAGUACCAGGGAGCAGAGAAGGAGUGGGGAGACGGUAUCAGAGGACUGUCCCUCAGCGCUGCACGCUAUGCCCUGUUAAGACUAGAGGUCGGACCCCCGCACACCAAGAACUGGAGACCUCAGCUGUUGGUUCUGUUGAAGCUGGAUGAGGACCUCCAUGUAAAAUAUCCCCGACUGCUCACCUUCGCCUCGCAGCUGAAGGCAGGAAAGGGCCUGACCAUCGUGGGCUCUGUCGUCCAGGGCAACUUCCUGGACAGCUAUGGGGAAAUGCAGGCAGCUGAGCAGGCCAUUAAGAAUAUGAUGGAGAUCGAGCGAGUCAAGGGUUUCUGCCAGAUCGUGGUGGCAUCUAAGGUGCGGGAGGGCAUCGUCCACCUGAUCCAGUCCUGUGGUCUGGGGGGAAUGAAGCACAACACUGUGGUGAUGGGCUGGCCGUACGGCUGGAGACAGAGCGAGGACCCUCGUGCCUGGAAGACUUUUAUCAACACAGUCCGCUGCACCACAGCUGCCCACCUGGCCCUGAUGGUGCCCAAAAAUGUGUCCUUCUACCCGAGCAACCAUGAGCGCUUCACAGAUGGCAACAUAGACGUUUGGUGGAUCGUCCAUGACGGGGGGAUGCUAAUGCUGCUGCCUUUCCUGCUCAAACUGCAUAAAGUUUGGAAGAAAUGCAGGAUGCGCAUCUUCACUGUAGCCCAGAUGGAUGACAACAGCAUCCAGAUGAAGAAAGAUCUGGCCACAUUCCUGUACCAGCUGAGAAUAGAGGCUGAGGUGGAGGUGGUGGAGAUGCAUGACAGUGACAUCUCAGCAUACACCUAUGAGCGAACGUUAAUGAUGGAGCAGAGGUCCCAGAUGUUGAGGCAAAUGAGGCUGUCAAGUGCAGAAAGACAAAGAGAGGCCCAGCUGGUUAAGGACAGACACUCUUUGGUGCGUAUGGGAAGUCUAUACUCAGACGAGGAGGAGGAGGUGGUGGAGGCUCCUCCAGAGAAGGUUCAGAUGACGUGGACGAAAGAGAAGUGUGAGGCUGAGAGAAGGAACAGGAGCAACGCGCCCGAGAAUUUCAGAGAACUCAUGAGCCUCAAACCGGAUCAGUCCAAUGUGCGGCGAAUGCAUACGGCUGUGAAGCUGAACGAGGUAAUAGUCAACAGGUCCCACGAUGCUCGAUUAGUGCUGCUCAACAUGCCAGGGCCACCUCGAAACACAGACGGAGACGAGAACUAUAUGGAGUUUCUGGAGGUGUUGACUGAAGGCUUGGAAAGAGUGCUGCUGGUCCGAGGCGGUGGUCGGGAGGUCAUCACCAUCUACUCAUGAUCAGUUAUUAGCUGUUACACAGGAGCAUCUGCCUCAUCAGAAUACAUUCCACCUCUUGGCGGUAGGCAGCACCUGCUUCGCUGCGAGACAGUUCUGGGUAGACGCAUGAAUUUGACGCUUUUAUUGUGAAGUAUGGAUUUAUUCUACUCUUGUAGAAUAUCGGGACACACUAGUGUACAUAUCCAUCUGUAUGUUCACCACUCUGGCAUUCUUUACAAGUGAAAGCUGUUAUUUUUCUCCCUCAGAAAUCAAUAAUUGUGUGUCAAGCACAAACUUAACUUAUUUAUGGGUCACAGAUACCUCUUCAUAUGUGAUAAUACAUUUAUAUUUGACAUACUAUGGCAGACUAUUCUGAGUAGUACACACGCUGGCAGAACAGUUUUGAUGCCAGAUUUUUUAUUCUGAAACUUUGAUUAUUUUUCAAGCACAUCUCUAUUUAUUUAUUUAUUUUUUCCGACAUUUCCCCACUGAGGUAAAGCAAAUGUUACUGUGGGUAUCGAACACAGUGCUGGACGUUGGUUUGUGCUGUAAAGGUGGCAUGCCAGAGAUCAUGAAGCAAGUUUUUAAAAAGAGUUAUAAUUUAUGAUUUUUUUUUGGACAGAUAUUUGUGUUGUUGAUAUGAGAGAACGAUGUAUAUGAAUGACGUUUGAACUGUUACAUUUGUACUUUUUCUGCAGACCCGAAAAGCGUAUCUGCACACAAAAAAGAUGGCUUAAUUUAAAGUUAUAAUCCUUAAGAUUUCAAUGAAAUCAAACCCCACUUUUGAUACUAUUUAUGGUCUGCAUUUGUUUCUGCAAUGGCCGUUCAAUAUAUUCACACUGAAUGGCUAUUGUAAAAUACCUUUCUAUUUGGUAGUUUUCAUCGUUAGUGGCGGAGUCCGCCAUUCACGCACUGGAUUAAAAUUGGUUUACUACACAUAGGCCUACCUACAACGUGAGUUUGUGCUGUAAACAAAUACAGCAGUUGGUAUUGUGUUGUAUUUCUGAAGAAGUAGCUGCUCAAGGAGUGUUCACUGUAGUAUUUGACUGCACUUGCUGUUACCACGGUAACCAUUGGUAUUGCCAAAACAGCCGUGGCUGAAAUUUUAAGGAUUACAACGUUAAGUAAUUCUGAUCUCAGCUACAUGAGACAUUCAGACACUAUUUUGUGUCUUUCCUGGUCUUUUUCUAAGAAGCUAAGUAUAAUCAGUAUUUCAGGCCAGCAUACAGUGUAGAGAACAACUGUUUAUUUUUAUAUAGACAAUCUGAUCUGUACAAGCCAAGAGUGUUUUAUAUUUAAGGGAUCAACGUAACAAGCUGUGCAGUUAUUAGAAACUAAUCACGCAAUGCUAAGAAUGCUGAUUCCCCUCACUUUAAUAAAAACAUAGGUUGGAGUGGAUCAUCCCACUUAAACCAUUGGCAGCAAUCCAAGUAUAUGUUUUUGCUAAUUAAAAGUUUGGCACAAUACACUCUUUAAAUGGAAACAUUAUGUUGGCAGUAACUAAGUAAAGCUAUGAGUAGCCUCUUGGUUUUUGAAGAGCGAUGAGGCUAUUAAGUUAUGUGAAAAUCAUGCACCUGGUGUAGAAAAACAUCAAAAUGAGCUCACCAAAGCACAUUACUAUCAACUUUGUUGGCAAUACAUGAAUCUGAAUCUUAACAAGGGAUGUUAUCACACUGUUGCUUUAAGCAACUCCUGUUCCAAGUUAAAGAUUUAGUUUCAGUUAUGUCUCUGUGUUUAGCUCACAUUAAAGUACACACUGUGUUUUGUUAACUUUCAUAAUAUCUUAUUAUGCUAUAAGAUCAAAUAAAAAGAACAUCUGUUUAUAAACUGC